AUGAAGAAGGGCUCUAGGAAGGAUAAAGAAGCAUUCCAUGUACUUCACAAGGUUCCUUCUGGUGAUGGUCCUUACGUCCGAGCUAAACUCGCUCAGCUAGUUCAAAAGGAUCCAGAAGAAGCAAUAGUAUUGUUUUGGAAGGCUAUAAAUGCACGAGAUAGAGUGGAUAGUGCCCUUAAGGACAUGGUAAUGGUAAUGAAGCAAUUGGAUAGAACUGAAGAUGCCAUUGAAGCUAUCAAGUCUUUUAGAGUUCUUUGCUUCAAGUAUGCCCAGGAAUCACUUGAUAAUGUCCUCAUUGACUUAUACAAGAAAUGUGGCAAAGUAGAUGAACAAAUAGCAUUGCUAAAGCAGAAGCUCAAGUUGAUCUACCAAGGAAAGGUCUUCAAUGGAAAAUCUACAAAAAGUGCACGUUCUCAUGGCAAGAAAUUUCAGGCAUCAGUUGGACAAGAAACUUCACGGAUAUUGGGAUAUUUGGGCUGGGCCUAUAUGCAAAAAACAAACUACAUGGAUGCAGAGGUGGUGUACAGGGAAGCCCAAAUGAUCCAACCCAAUGCCAACAAGGCAUGUAACUUGGGGCUUUGUCUGAUCAAGCAAGCCCGGUACGAUGAAGCCCGGUUAGUUCUUGAAGAUGUAUUGCUGGGUAGACUCCAAGGUUCUGAUGAUUUGAAAUCCAGAAAUCGGGCAAAGGAAUUGUUACUAGAAGUUGAAUCCCAGCAGCCUCCGGAUGAAUUGUCAAAAUUUAUGGGGCUUAAUCUUGAAGAUGAUUUUGUUGAUGGGCUUGAAAAGUUGAUGAGUGAAUGGGCCCCAUUCAGAUCCAAAAGGCUUCCCAUUUUUGAAGAGCUCUCUCUAUUUAGAGAUCAGUUGGCCUGUUAGAGUUUCGUAUUUUUUGUUUGUAAAAAUAAAUAAUACACUAUGUAAAAUGCUCGUAGUAUAAAAAUAUAUUAGAAGCUUUUAUUUUAUUUUAUUUUUUAUUUUUUUAUAGUGUGUGUUUAUAAUGUUUAUUAUAUGUAUGGUAUAGAUUGUUGCAUUACUAGAAAGUUUUAAAUUAGUGGUGCAACCUUCGUUGAGGUUUUAAUGGUUCAAAACUUAAUUUAUUCACUUCUAAGCCAGAAGAACCUAUAUUAGUAAAUAAAAUGACACUUUUACUUUGCAUAUUUUAUUUUUUCAAAAUCAGUAGUUCAUUUUUCAAAGUGAAUAUUUUACUGUGGGAGGAGUCUCUUGAGUUAACCAUGUCACUUCUCUUACUUUUUCUU